AUGGCUCCAAAAGGAAAAGGCGGUAUUGGCAACAAGUCAGCACAGGACUAUGUUGCUGAGUUGCGCCUUCGACUUGGGACGGAGCAGGAGGUGCGUGCACAGCUGAAGAAAGACGGCUACAAAGCCGGCAGAAUCUCACAACUGCUCAAGGCAACACGGCCCGCAGAAGGACAGGCGGGCCCAGCCGCAGCCGCGGCGCUGCCCAAGCGGAUGGCAAGACCAGCUGCUGCGGAGCCGGCUGUAGCUGCGAGAAAGAAGCCGGCGUCGGCAGCCCCGGCGUUGGCUCCAGAGGUCGAACCGGUGGCCAAUGACGCGGCGGGAGAGGAGGAAGUUUCCAGUGACGAGGACUUGCCCGCAGAGGCCGCGGCUGAUGGGGAGCUGACCGAUGUGGAGCUUGAGUCGGACAACAGCGACGAGGAGCUCGACGUCCACCGCUUUGACACUGAGGUCCCGGCAGAAGGAGAGAGGCAUUGCGGCAGGGCCGAGUUGGAUCACUUGGACAGCCAGCUCGACAGCCCCACGGACAAAGAAGAGGUACAGCAACCCAUGCCCGAGGAAGAGCCCGAGGUCGUGGCAUCUGUGCCUGCAGCGGACAGUAGCGAUGAGGAGAUGGAUGCAGACGCGCAGGGAGAGGAGCUUGAAGCAGUGCCCAAACGCUGGCGCGUCGACCCAGAACCUGCCCCAAACGCAGCCGCAGUGCCCGCUCCAGUGAGGAGGCGCCUGGUAGGCAAGCAGCCGCCGCGAGGUGCAUGGUUGCAGGUGCCUGCCGCGCCGAAGCCAAUCCAUGUGCUGAAGCGGCCCGGCAUGCUGAAGCGGCCAGCAGGCCGACAGCCUCGCAAGAAGCAUGAACUUUGCCACGGAUACCAAGGUCAAGCCUGCAAAUUCAACCCGCAAGACCCAGGGCAGCCAGCCCGGACGCAGCCGGCAAGAGGCAUCCGCCACUGCGUCUUUUGCAAUGCUGCGCGCAUGCGCGAAGCCAAUGCCGUAACGCGCGCCAAUCGGAUUACCGCAGCUUUGCGGAAGUUUGCAUCACAGAACCGCGGGGUCUACGAGGCAGCCCUUGCACGAGUGCGGCUUUUCCUGGGCGUGGAUGCGGCCAAGAAGUAUCGCAACAAGGUGGAGCCAAAGCAGAAGGAAAGAGAAGACGCCCCAACCUGGCAAGCCUGCUUUGCACACAGACAGCAUGUGGGCGCAGCUUUGAAGCCCAAGCAGCGUGAAGAGUACGAGGCCUUGGCGCGUCGGGACCAGAGGGUCGCCCGCCGCAAGUUCUUCUUCCCGGAGAAGAUGAUGGCCCGCGCGGGGGAAGCUGCAGAAGCUGCUGAGAAGGCAGCGGUGGUGGAAGCAUGUGGAGCGGUUGGACACUUGGCAGACAAUGACACUGACCUGCCUCUGCCUUCCGAUGCAAAAGGACGCUUUGUGGAGGCUUGGUGCAAGCAAGGUUCCUGGGGCAUGUGUGAGAAAUGUCACAGCAUGUGCCCCCGGCCGCUGGAGCCGGUGGAUCUGCGAAGGGUCCGGAAAGCAACGGUGACUGCCAACGCUUGCACUGCCUGCAAGCAUGGUGAAUACGUGCCGCAGCCAGAGCACGUCCCGGAGCCCCUGCGCAACCUCAAGCCUCGGGUCAUCGAAGCCCUGCGCCCCCUGGAGAUUGACACUGGUGCCGUGGCCCGUGCACCCAACGGCUACCGAGAGCACAACUGUAUGAUCGCCUUUGCCUGGAAGGCGAAGGAUGUGGUCACCCAAAUCGAAGCGCUGCCAAAGAGGAAAGACCGCAGGGCCGCAAAAGCCGCCUUGGAGUAUUUGCUCGCCGCCUCGGACAGCAGCUACGAGCACUUCUUUGGAGAGCACAUGGACUUCUUGGAGAAGCACGGCCGGAACGCCAACGAGAAAAAGCGGCGGCGGCCUCUUCGCUUCAUCGAACAGGAAGGCUUGGAAUGUGCUUUGUGGCCCCAUCUGUACUGGCACCGCAACUUGUGCGAAACGGUGGCGCGCGCCUCCCAUGACGCGCGCAGAAACCGGAAGCGGGCAGCGCCCGGCCGCAGGGUCGCAGACACCAGCAGCGAGGAGGGCGAAGCAGGCGCGCCAGGGGAAGACGAGGAAGCCGAUGAGGACAACUUGGAACAGGACGCCGGCGUCAAGAUCUUGGAGGCAGAGCAGGGCCGCAUCAAACGCCUUUUCAUGCGGAAGGUCCUUUCUCCUGUCAUCGGCUACGGUGCAGACUAUGACCUGCUGCAUUUUGUCUACGACUUGUCGAUGUGGACCACCAUCGGCACAAAGAAGAACUUGGCAGCCCGCACGGGCGUGGCCCUUCGCCACCUCCUCAAGAACUCCCCGUGGACCCCGCAAUACUGGCGGGUCCGCCACCACGCGGUCAUCGACUUGCAGAGGCAGUGUGGGAAUGCGAACCUUUUCAGAACAAGGGCUCCUUAUGAGCGUUCCUUUCCGUACCACACCUGGGUGAUGCAUGAGCAGUCCGUCUUGGGCCGUCCCAGAUUGCACUUGGCGGGUGCUGAGACGCUUCAUAUGGCUCAUGUGUUGCUCCAGCUGGACCAGGGCUACAUCUGCAGCGCCAGGUACAACAGCACAAAGCCGUGGCAGAAUUGGAAAGGCCACGUCUUGGGCCCCGAGGACGAGGAAAGCAAGAUCCGCACCUAUGUGGCCCACGUGACCCGGCUGGAGUUCCAGGACGGCAAGCGAAAGCAAGCUUCGCAGCGAUACCACGGCCGCGGCACCACACACAGCCACUCCUUAGAUUUCUUGAGGGACGUGGGUGCCAUCGGCCUGGACAAAAAGUUGCAGGCGACCAUCCCGCCCAAGGAGACGGAGCCUUUCCUGCAUGGGUUGGUCCUCGACUCGCAGCAGGAUUACAAGGAUUCCAAGAUGCCGCUACGGGAGGAGCCAUCUGCCUGGGACCCGGAGACCAACACGGUGGGGCUGCAGCACAGAGAAGACGACAAGGCGGCCAACGUCCGCGCCUACCUCAAGCCCACCAUGGAGAUCACGAAGUGCCAUGAAGAUGUCCAGCAAGGUGGUGGAAGCAACAGCCGCAACGGCGCCACGAUCCGCUAUGUCGCCACCUACAACAUGAAGUUCAGCAGCUCCAUGGACCGGGAAUGGUUGAGCGGCGAAGGAUCCGACUACAGUACAGCCGUUGGCGUGCUGCGGCGGAAUCGGGUGAUGGAACCCGAAAUGUGGCUGACGCUUGGGCAGGAACGCUUUCCCCAGGUUCAGUUCAAGGGCACCCUCGUCGACAUCAUGGCGCCCAGCUUCGAAGCAGUCGACAACAAGCCGAAGUUCCUGCAGAUCUACGAAGCCUGCGAGUGGCGUCGCGAAGACAUGAAUCUCUUGGAGUUCCUGCGCAAGAGCAACAAGGACGGCGACAUCGUGAAGUACAUCCGGGAGGCCCACAAAGUUUUGGUGAUGGAGGAAGUGCGGCUUUUGACCGAGGAAGACGACAGGUCUUUUGCCAAGCACCGGAAGCAGCUGCUCUCUGCAUGGAGCCGGCAUGUGAAAUUUCAUAAGAGGCGCAAAGAAGUUUGGCUGCCGUUGACCGACUUCCUCGAAGAGAAAGAGGGGUUGCUGGGCUUGACGCAGCUGGAGCAUUUCGCCAAUGAGUACCAGACGCGAGGCGAGAAGAUGAUCGCAGCAACAACAAAUUCCAUGCUGAACGACAAGUACUACGCGCAGUGGCUUGUUCUCAACAAACCGUUUCGCAGAUUGGAAGAUUUUCAGGAGCAAGCCCCGGAAAUCAUGGAGAAGGUCAACGUGAAGUACCGCAAUUUUGCCUUGUGCCUGCACCACGCGCCAAAGUUUUGGACCAACGAAGCCGCGAUCCAAGAAAUGAUGGAGCUGGAAGCGCACAACAAGGCCUUCGUGGAGACAAUCCUCUGCAAAGCCAAGGCACACUGCCACAUCGUGCAGCGCUACCUCAACGGGGAGCUGCAACCGGAGGAGGAGGUGGAGAGUUCAGUCGAUUCGGCAGCAAGCGCUGUCCGAGCAGAUGGGAAGGUGGAGAAGAAGAAGCUGACGCGCUCUCAGAAGCGCCUUGCCAAGGCCAUGACGAAGAACAUGGAGACAGCCAUGGCGGCAAAUCAGGCAGAAAGCGAUGAAGCCCUGGAAGCUUGCCAGGCCAAGGCGAUGGACAACAAGAUCCUGUUUGCAAGCGGGCCCCCAGGGACCGGAAAAACCCAUGUGAUCCAUGAGCAGAUCCGGCGCCAGCUGGCCUCCGAGAUCCGCAGCGUACACCCGGAUGUGGACGUGGACACGUGUCACAGCGCCUUCUUGCUCCACAAGUCCCUGCAAGAGGCGGCCGCGCUGCUGACGCAAUACGAGCUGGUCAUCAUCGAUGAGGUGUCUAUGCUGACGGCAGAACACUUCGAGCACAUCUUGGCCAUGUGGAAGUACGCGGACCAGCUCCCGUGCUUGGUACUGCUAGGGGACUUCUGGCAGCUUCCGGUGGUGGACCCUACGGCCUCCCGCUGCGAUGAAAGCCAGGCAUGGCAAGGCCACGUGCAGACCAUUCCCUUCAGGGAGCAGGUCCGGUGCAAGGACCCGAAGCUGCAGAAGAAACUGAACAUCUUGCGCACCGCGCAGCCGAGCAUGAAGCAGUUGAAGAAACUGCUGCGGGACCACCGCGCCUGGAAGAGCAACGAGCCGACCGCCUACGACAUCUUGGACCUCUUCCGGAAGCAGCCGGAGACAACUGUCGUCACCUGCAGCCGGAAGGCAUGCGCCAAGGCAAACCUGCUGGCAGUGGAAGCUUUCUUCGAGCACCGCCACAAGCAGCCACUGGGUGAAGGUCUGUUUGAUUAUGAGGCAAACCUGGAGAACUUCGACGAGAACAACAAAUUGAAAUCCGGUCGGUUGCUCGGCGCGCCAACGCACAUCUACCAGGACAUGCGGGUCUUCUUGACAAAAAAUCUCGACAAGGAGCACGACUUCGUGAAUGGGAUGGCUGCCACCGUCAAGGCGUACGACCCGCGCAGCAAAUGCCUCGAGGUCGAGACCCGCACUGGGCACAGGUUGGCCGUACACAUGGUCUGCAGCGAACUCGAUGACGGGCGCAAGGUGAGCUGCUUUCCUUUGCGUUUGGGCUACGCCUGCACAAUCCCCAAGGUGCAGGGCAUGACCUUACCCCACGUGACGGCGUGGUUGGACUCAGCCGGCUGCAGGGCAGCUGCCUAUGUUGCUUUGUCAAGAGUGGCCACGGAUGCGGACUACAUGAUUGCGGGCAAGGUGUGCCCCAGGCACUUCAUGCCGGCGCAGUAA